AUAGAAUAUCUCUACAUCACUACCUUUUAAAAAAAUCCGGCUUUACGUUAAUAAAAUAUCACGCCAUCAAACAACUGAACACCACCGAAGCGACCAUUGGCAAAAUCGCACUUGAGAGACCUAUCAUUGACAGAACAACGAUCGGUACAACACAAUGGACCCAACAACCGACCAGCUAUUUUUGCUAAACAAUAUAACAUCACUGGACGGAAGCCAGCUAGUUCCAUCUAAACUGUCUAUUGACACGACAACAGCCUUCACGAUAUUCACCAGUCAACAGGGUAACGUGGUUGCUGCUGGGAGUUUCCUUAACAACGGAAAGAUAGCAGUGAUUGGGCAUGAGGCCAUUUUGGAUAGAGAUCACGAUAAUGACAAUGAUGACUCGCCUCAAUUUACCAAAAACGUUAUAAGAUGGCUUGCUCGAGGUAAAGAAGAUACACGAAUUGGAAUGUUGGUUAAAGGUGGAUACAAUGGCUUCAGAAGCAACAUGACCAAAGCCGGAUGUUCCCUUACUGACGUGACGGGUGACUUCUCAAACCUAUCACUAUUCGACGUUAUUUUUGCAGAUACGUACACAGAAUUUGAUGAUGUUCAGUUGUCUCAAAUUCAACCCUUUUUAUCGACAGGAGGCGGCUUAAUUCUUGGCGGACACAAUUGGUAUUAUAAGAGGGACUGGGUUAACAAAAUCCUUCUAGGGUCUGGCAUCACCAUCACAGACGUUCAAUCUGAUGGAUACCAGGUGUUUACUCCUAUCCACCCAUCACCAUCCACCUCGGUAGCUGGCAUUCUUAAUGGCGUGUCGGAAUUGAAUCUUGACGGUUCAACUCCAGGCGUUCUUAGUCUCUUUGAGUACAACGCGUUUAGUUUAGUAGACAACAAUAGAAACAUAAUCGUAGCAGGUACACAUUGUGAAAUAGGUCGGAUGAUACAUUUUGGCCACGAAGCUAUUGUAAAUAUGCGAGGUACCACCACUGGUGACGCCUUGCGACUGGUUCAGAAUUCGAUUGGUUGGUUAACAAGAAUGAAACAGGCGACGUCUGUUGGAUUUCUGGUUACCUCAGAUGGAUUGAAGACAACCUUGGUCGAUCUUGGGCAUACGGUUCAUAAUAUCAACGUCGACGAUGAUCUGAGCUCAUACAGUCUUCUCUUUACCACUACCUAUGAACAAUACACAGAACAACAGUUAAAAAAGAUACACGCGUAUGUUGCGUCUGGAGGAGGGCUUUUAACUGGUGGUCACAAUUGGAGCGGAGCUAAAACCAGUAUUGACAUCUUACUACCAGGUGGAAUGUUCCUCACAAAUGAUUAUACUUCUAACGGUAUCAUACCAGUCACAAGUAGAACACCAGAAUUGCAAGAUCUGCUAAAUGCAUUAAAUAGUGUCAAGUCACUUAUCUCUCAUGUCAAGAACGAACGUCCUCUUUCACUUAAAGAUCAACAAGAUAUUGCAACAACCCUUUCUACUUCCGCUAGAUUGCCAGCAACCCUGGAGGAGUUCUGGAGAACUAGUAAAGAGUUCAUUCAACUUCUUCAACCAGUUCUGAUUAGCUCACCUUUGGAUACAAAAGCUUUACCUGUCAAAGCAUCGUACGUCUACUUAUUCAAUACUAUGAUCGAAACUGAGGAUGUUGAUACCAUGAAGUCCUAUCCUGAAGCAAGUGUUUUUCCCGGUGAAGUGCCUUCAGUACUCCAGCCGAUUAGUAAGUCUGUCGAAAUUGAUGCUACGUACACUGGGUUGCCACAUUACUUUCCGUCUAAUUCAACUCCAGUUUGGCGUAGUACUGGUCUUUAUGCAGCUCCAAGUACCCCGAUUACUAUCACCGUUCCACCAGAAGCUGUCAAAAAGGGUGUGCGUGUGCUUAUCGGUUGCCACACUGACGAUCUUACAAGAAAAGAGACAUUCCACCGUUACCCUAGAAUAUCGAGAUCUUUCGAGAUUAUCUCCGUCGUCACUAAGGCAGCAAACGUAUUUGGGGGACUCAUUUACAUCACUGUUCCAGCAGGCGUUAAUUUGGGAAAGCUACAGGUGUCAAUAGACAACGGCUACGCUGCCCCAGAGUUCGUUCUCGGCAAGACGGAUGAUGAUGAUUGGAAAAAAUCUCUUUCUGACAACUCCGUUCCAUACUGUGAGUUAAUCAGUGAACAUAUGAUCCUGACGGUUCAGACAUCUGAGGCAAGAAGUAGAGUAAAAAGCCCAACUGAAAUAAUAAAGAUUUAUCGAGCAUGCGUAGAUGUUACUAAUGAAGUAUCUGGAAUAAAGCAUCAGCGGGCACGUGGAGAACGUUUUGUUCUUGAUGCACAGAUCAGUGCAGGUUAUAUGCAUGCUGGUUACCCAAUAAUGGGACAAAACGGAUCUGCUGUUUACAUGCUUGAUAUUGACGCCAUAUACAGAGAUAACAUUUGGGGGCCUGUCCAUGAAAUAGGACAUCAGUACCAGACGAAAGGAUGGACGCCCUCAGGAGGUUCUGAAUCAACAAAUAACAUCUUUUCCGUUUACGCCUCAGAAAAAGUUAUGAAUAUCCCCAGAAAUAAAGCUCAUAGUAGUUUAAGUCCCACUGACCGGAAACAAAGAAUUUACAAAUACAUCGCAGACGGUCGCAAAUAUGAAAACUGGAAUGGAUGGACGUGUCUGGAGACUUACCUCCAGCUUCAGGCAGCCUUUGGUUGGGAUUUUUUCGUCAAAAUCCUAGGUGAAUACAAUCAAGACAUGACAGAAAGGCCAUCGUCUAACCAGCAGAUACUCGAUGAAUGGAUGAGGCGAUCAUCUCGGAUUACUGGAUACAACCUUGGACCAUUUUACGAGGGAUGGGGUUGGCCUGUGAGUCAGGAAGCUCUAAAAGACGUUACUGGUCUUCCUCACUGGGAUGAAAACCCAAUGCCUCCAAACUAAAGACAGGUUAUUUGUGAAUGCACCGAUAAACAUGCAAUAUGUCAAUUAAUCAAUCAACAUGGAUUUGUAUCACAAUAUCAACUGUUCAGUGGUGCUAUGACAAUGGGAUACUCAAAGAGCACAUUAACUACUGAUGAUAUUUAACAUUACUGUAAUGUAAGAUUACGAUUU